AUGGGUCUCUCCUACAACGUCUACCUAAACAGCCACAAGAUCUACGGCUGCAAGAACUGCAAAGCCCAUCUAGCUAACCACGAAGACAUCAUCUCCCGAAACUUCCGCGGCCAGCACGGCAAAGCCUACCUCUUCAACAGCGUCGUAAACGUAACAUCCGGCGAUGCCUCCGAGCGCCACAUGACGACCGGCCGCCAUAUCGUGCGGGAUAUUACGUGCAGGCAGUGCAACGAGACGGUGGGGUGGAAGUACGACAAGGCGUUUGAGGCCAGCGAGAAGUACAAGGAGGGCAAGUAUAUACUCGAGGCAGAGUUGCUUUGCAAUGUCACUUGA